UGCAGGUAGAAUGCCGUGGUCUAUUUCUACAUGAGCUACAGACCUGUAGAAAACGAUGCUAAAAAUAGACUCGGCACAUCUUCCGCAUCUUCUUUUUUGUAAGCACAUGUUGAAACGCACUCGCAUAUAACGGAAUCAACUAAAAGAGGAAACCAGCACCGAGUACCUCGCUGCUCACGAAGAGAACAAGAUGAUCGAUAGACUGAGCGAGCUUCGCGCCCUCGCCGCCAAGCCCCCAGAAGUGGUGGAGUACAGCCUGGAGGGCAACCGGGAUGAGGACGUUUCUAUCAUGCAGAUUUUUGCCGGCGAGGAAGAUAUGGAAUGCAUCCACAAGGAGGUUCAGGGCACCAGGAAGGAGAUCCUGCUUCUCACCAUGGAUGUCAAGCGCUUGGGCAAAGAGAGCAGCCGCUUCCUUACCUCGGUGCGGCGCUUCAGCAGCAUCAAGCGGGACGCCAACGCUCUCGGACGCGGCAUCAAGACCCGCGGGGAGGCCCUCUUCACCCGGCUGGAGAGGCUAAGUCGGUUGAGCGAGGAGUUGGCCCGGGUGCACGGAGACUCCUCGGCGGUGGCCCGCGUAGCCCGGUGCCAGCUGGCCGCGCUGACUGGGAGCUUCCACCUGGCCAUGACAGAGUACAACCGCGCCGAGAUGGAGCAGCGGGAGAACUGCACGGCGCGCAUCCAGCGGCAGGCGGCCAUCGUGGGCAAGGAGGUGACACGGGGACAGAUCGAGGAGUUGAUGGAGACAGGCAAGUGGGACGCCUUCGUGGGGGACGGCUUGCUGACCACGGCAGGCGCUCGCAGCGCACGCUCGGCGCUGAGCGAAAUCGAGAGCCGCCGCCGGGAGCUGCUGGAGCUGGAAGGACGCAUACGGGACAUGCGCGACCUCUUCUUCCAGGUGGCGCUGCUGGCUGAGGAGCAGGGCUGCAUGGUGGACCACAUUGAGGAUCACGUGCGAGGCGCUCAGGACUACGUGGCUGCUGCCGGUAACCACGUGCGCCAGGCCAUCAAGUACAAGAAGGCGAACCCUUGCAAGAAGAUCUUCUGUUGUUGUUUCCCCUGCUGCCACUGAAGCCCAUAAGUCAGACCUGCAACACGCUUGAGCAAUCGCUGUCAGCCAUCCCA